AUGCCUGCCACACAAAUGCCAAUGAGAUAUGGACAUCCAGAAGGACAUACAGAUGUUUGUUUUGAUGAUUCUGGGAGUUGUAUUGUAACUUGUGGAAGUGAUGGAGAUGUGAGGAUUUGGAAAGACCUGGAUGACGAUGAUCCUAAAUCUAUUAAUGUUGGAGAAAGGGCUUAUUCAUGUGCUUUAAAGAAAGGAAAAUUGGUCACCUCGGUAUCUAAUAAUACUGUUCAAAUUCAUACAUUCCCUAAUGGAACUCCAGAUGGCAUACUGACUCGAUUCACUACAAAUGCAAACCAUGUGGUCUUUAAUAGAGAUGGUUCCAAAAUUGCUGCCGGAUCUGGUGAUUUUAUGGUGAAAGUCAUGGAUGUGAUGGAUAGCACCCAACAGAAAACAUUUCGAGGACAUGAUGCCCCUGUACUAAGUGUUUCCCUUGAUCCGAAAGACAUCUUUCUGGCAUCAGCAAGUUGUGAUGGCUCAGUUAAAGUAUGGAAAAUCUCAGAUCAGACAUGCACUAUUAGUUGGCCAUUGCUACAAAAAUGUAACGAUGUGAUAAAUGCAAAAUCAAUAUGCAGACUUGCUUGGCAGCCCAAAAGUGGGAAGUUACUGGCAAUUCCAGUGGGAAACACCAUCAAACUAUACAAAAGAGAAACUUGGAGAAAUGAAGUUGAUCUUUCGGAUAAUUUUAUCACUCUGCCCCUCAAUGUAGUGACCUGGUCUCCUUGUGAAAAAUAUUUGGCUGCAGGGAGUAUAAAUGGUUGUAUUGUCAUUUGGAAUGUGGAAACCAAAGACUGCAUGGAAAGGGUGAAACAUGAGAAAGGUUAUACAAUUUGUGGCCUGGCGUGGCACCCUACUUCUAGGCAAAUAGCAUAUACAGAUGCUGAAGGAAACUUGGGAUUACUGGAAAAUGUUUGUGAUACAGAUGGAAUAAAGUCAAGUAGUAAAGUUUGUGGCAUGGGAAACAAAGAUUACAAUGAUCUUUUUGAUGGCGAUGAUGAUAAUGAUAAUACUGACAACAGUAAUUUUUUAAAUGAAAAUCUGGAAUUCCAAUUAACUCCAAAAGGAAGAAUAAAUUAUGAAGAUGAGGAAGAUGAUCUUAUGUUGGCUUCAGGUUAUUCUAAACACAGAAAUCACAUCCUAGAAGAUGAUGACAGUUCAGUUGAAGUUGCAUUGAUCGGAAAAGGGUCUUAUGAAAAAUAUGAAGAGAAAGAUGAGCAAACUCAUGCUCUGCCACUUAUAACUUCCCAAAGGCCAUUUUAUGAUGGGCCAAGGCCAUCUCCCCCACAAAAGCCAUUCCAAUCUGGUUCUACUCCCCAACACCUCACCCAUCGGUUCAUGGUUUGGAAUUCUAUUGGAAUUAUUCGAUGCUAUAAUGAUGAUCAGGAUAGUGCUAUAGAUGUGGAAUUUCAUGACACAUCCAUACACCAUGCAACACAUUUGUCAAACACUUUGAAUUAUACAAUUGCAGAUCUUUCCAAUGAAGCAAUUUUGUUGGCAUGUGAGAGUACUACAGAACUUGCAAGCAAACUUCAUUGCCUGCAUUUUAGUUCAUGGGAUUCAAGUAAAGAGUGGACCGUAGACAUGCCACCAAAUGAGGAUAUUGAAGCCAUUUGUCUUGGUCAGGGAUGGGCUGCCUCUGCCACUGGUGCCUUGCUCCUUCGUAUAUUUUCUAUAGGAGGUGUUCAGAAAGAGGUCUUUAGCCUUCCUGGCCCUGUUGUGUCAAUGGCUGGACAUGGAGAGCAGCUUUUGAUUGUUUUCCACAGAGGUACUGGAUUUGAUGGAGAUCAAUGCCUUGGAAUACAGCUACUCCAGCUGGGGAAAAGGAAAAAGCAGGUUUUGCAUGGAGACCCUCUUCCUCUUACAAAGAAGUCUUAUCUGGCAUGGGUUGGGUUUUCUGCUGAAGGUACCCCUUGUUAUGUGGAUUCAGAGGGCAUUGUACGAAUGUUGAACAGAAGACUUGGUAAUACUUGGACUCCCAUAUGUAAUACAAAAGAACAUUGCAAAGGAAAAUCUGAUCACUACUGGGUAGUUGGUAUCCAUGAAAACCCCCAGCAAUUAAGGUGCAUUCCUUGUAAAGGAUCUCGUUUUCCUCCUACUCUUCCACGCCCAGCUGUAGCUAUAUUAUCCUUUCAGCUUCCUUAUUGUCAGAUUGCAACAGAGAAAGGACAAAUGGAGGAACAGUUUUGGCGUUCCUUUAUCUUUCAUAAUCACCUUGAUUACUUAUCUGAAAAUGGCUAUGAAUAUGAAGAAAGCAUUAAAAAUCAGGCAAUAAAAGAACAACAGGAAUUGUUAAUGAAAAUGUUCGCGCUUUCUUGUAAACUGGAUCGAGAGUUUCGUUGUGUAGAACUUGCUGAACUUAUGACUCAAAAUGCUGUAAAUUUAGCUAUUAAAUAUGCUUCUCGCUCAAGGAGAUUGAUAUUAGCCCAACGGCUUAGUGAGUUGGCAGUAGAAAAGGCAGCAAUAUUAAAGGAGGAAGAGGAAGAUUUCAGAAGUAAGCUGAAUACUAGUAGUACUACAGAAUGGAGCCAACCUGUGGUCGUAAAUCAUAAAGCUGAAGAAAAUAAUACUGAGGACAGUGAAGAAGAUGAUGAAAUAGAAGAAAAAACAGAUCUACAAAAGAAUAAACAGAAUCCAUUUUGUAAAAAUGGAAAUUCAGCUGAUGGGUCAGCAAUCAAAUCAGGUGAGAUUACAUCUAGCAGCCAAGGACGAGUGAAUCCUUUUAAGUUAUCAACCAGUUCAAAAGAACCAACUAUUUCAGUAAAUUCAACUUCAAGUAACAUUUUAGACAAUAUGAAGAAAUUAUCCAAGAAGUCUACUGUGCCUAAUCGAACUGCAAAUAAGGAAAAAUCCCUCGUUUUGAAGCCUCUGAUUCCAAAACUGAAGUCUAAACAGGUACCGGCAACAAAUUUUUUUCAGACCUGUACCUUCCAAACAGAAAAAAUAGAAGAGAAAGAAAAUCCUGAAAACUCAUUAUCUGAAAGCUCAACUGUCUCUGCUCAAAAUAUUGAAAAUGAAAGACCAAAGACUGGAUUCCAGAUGUGGCUGGAAGAGAACAGAAGUGAUAUUUUGGCUGAUCAUCCUAAUUUGUCAGAGGAAUCAGAUAUCAUAAAAGAGGGAAUAAAUCGAUUCAGAAUGUUGUCAGAUGAAGAAAGGAAGGCAUGGGCCAAGAAGGCCAAAGGAGGAGCUACAGAUGAAGUUGAAACAAAUGCAACUGAAACAAAAAAAAGAAAACAGCCCAGCAAUGAUCAUACAAAAAAGAAAGAACAAGAAAAAACAAAGGAGAAUGUGAAUUUGUCUAAAAAACAAAAAUCCUUAGCUGUCUCUACCAACCAGAAACUAUCAGCUUUUGCAUUUAAGAAAGACUAACAAAAAAUUGACUGGCCUUGAAAAAACUAAUGUUUUUUUUCUCAUUAUAACCUUUGAUUAUGCUUUAGCUAGGCUACCUAUUUUUUAAGGGUAGACAGUGACUUCUAAGCCCUAUCCUUUUUAACAUACUGUGUUUAUAUUUGUACUUGUUAUUCCAUAUGUAAAAAUGUUCCUAUUUAGUGUUUUCUCUGCCCAAAUGUGGAGACCAUUAUGACUUGGCAUUGACCAACUUAAAUAGAAUAAACCAAUCCUUAACCUAAAUGGAAAUUAGUUCUAAUUUGUUUUUCUGCCUUUUACAGACAUUAUCAGAAUCUAAAUGUCUCAGAAAUACCCUCUAGCAUAUUAUGUUUAUUGUUCACAAAUAACAGGUAUCACAAAUCAAUCUGGAUUUACCCUUUGCCCUACAAACUUAACUGUUCAAUUUCAAAAUGGGUUGACCUAAAAAUGGCUUUUUUCAUUUGUCAAGGAUUUGUCUGGUCAUUUUCAGGGAGACAUUGUUUUAUGUAAAGAUUUAUGUCUUUGUUGUCUCUACUUUAAGAAAUUUCUUAAUGCCUAACUUUUUAUGGUUUGUUUAAAGUAAUAAAAUAGCAAUAAAUUAAU